AGAUUCACGGUGCCUCGCCGUGCAAGCCUCCUGCAACCAAGAGCGUAGGUCCGACGCGUUGAAAUUGUUUCAGAUCGUGGUAUAUCAGCAAUGGUCUGGAUUAUAUGAAUGGGUGAUGAAUAAUUUUGUGCGCAAGCUCUCUGCAACCGAGAGCGAGCUGGACUCCUCGAGGUCCUCUACGCCUUUACUGGCUGAAGAGCGGACAGCCAAGAGGAUAAAGAGGGAAGACGACACAGCAAGCAAUGCGGAUUCUGAAGAACUGGACAAUACCCCGUUUCAAUCUGAAGGUGCAAAUCACUCAGCAUUUGAAUUGGUUGAUGAUGAGAGCCAAAUUCACCCAACAGACGUCGAACGGGCGCUCCCCCCUACUGGCACACAGGAAGAAGCUGAGGAGGCAUAUGAAGAGUUUAAGUCUUCUCAGCAGGUAUCAGGGGAAUCUGAUGCUAAGGAAAAGUCCAUCUGGAUCAAAGGUCGCCGUUCCAUCUAUGUUGAUGCCUUUGCUCUGGCCCUUGACACCGUACUGGACGAGGAGAAGCAGCUCUUCAAUGAGCGGGAGCUGAGCGUCUUUCAAUAUUGGAGAGAAUUAGAUUAUGAGGCACAAUAUCUCUAUGUAAGGUUAUUUUUGCGCAAGACGGCUGCCUGGCAUCGAUCAGACAAGCUUGGGUAUUAUAAUGAUAUAGCCGACCCAGAUGCGGCCAUUGCGAGUUUACAAACCCCAAGAACAUUGAAAGAUAUAGCAGUGGACUCGGAGAUAGACCCUCUUACUGGCGAAGCUCUCUCUGAUUACCAGAUUGAUGACCAGAUGACCUUUGCAGAUACAUCGUCGGAAAGUCUAACAUCUGUGGAGGAGGCAGCAGGCUUAUUGCUUCUUGACGAGCUGAAAACAGUUUCCAAGGACGUCAAAGCCCAAGGGAAAAACAAGAGUGACAUCAUCAAAGCGCUAUACCGCUCAAGCCAGCAGCAGCGAAAUUUGCAAUCACUGGGGCUCAGUCGACAGAGCAGCAAGGGUGCUUCCGACGCAGAGAUGUCUGAGACGGGCCGUGACGAUAGUAAACAAGGCCAUGGCGACUAUAUCUUCAACAAAAUAUCCGAUAUUUUGGGGCCCUGCAUACGUCUUACAGAACCGGUCUUCAAGUUAUUUGAACGAGUGCACCUCGUCUUCUACCGGUCAACAGAAUGGACUGAGAAAUCGCUAAUGACCAUUAUUCUUGCCAAAAUCGCUCGGAGGAACUUUCCUGAAUAUCUGGUCUGCCGCACAUCGACGAUAUUUUCUUCGCGUGCCCACCUUAUCGAGUAUGAGGCCGCCAUUCGCCUGGAAGCCGAUGUAGAUGCCAAUCUGGAGGGUAGUGGUGCCGUCUUUGAGGCUGGUUGCGAAAGAAUAAUGCAGCUGUUCGUCAAUGUAUACCCAAGGUGGCAAAAUCUCAUCAAGGAGGAGACUGAAAAAGAAAGGACUGUCUACGACACCGGCGAAGGGGCAUAUCUCCGACGGUUUAACCCAGCGCACCCAUAUACACGAAUCAUUUCCAAAUGCGCCCACGUAUUUGGGCGACAAAAGGAUCAUGCAAAGGAGCGGUCACUCCUGAUAGAGUUAUUAGAUCAACGGCUUUUUCAUCUUUCACGGCGUGGCGGUUGGUACCAGCGCAAAGCACUCUUGGAAGAAAACUACAUGUAUAAACUAGAGCCCCCUACUACAACAAAUGAUGCGGACCUCCAACGGAAACAUUGGAACAGAAUAGCGGCAGAAACAUGCGAGGCCGGCCUUCAAGAUCCAGACUGCCAUCUCAUUUAUCACUACGAACUGCAAAAGCGGCUUAUCAAGCUUGAGAAGAAGCUGCGAGUCCCCAAGCGACUACAGCACGACUUUGGACAUGUUCGCCUUGUAAAGCCACUUGAGAUUACAGUCAAAGGUAUUCAGCUUAAGAAGGACAUACCAAUCAAGCCCGGAGCUGCUGCACCCCCAACACGCACUCUGUGGCUGGACGAGCUCGGCACGGGGGACGAAUGCACCGUCGAGGAGAUGUGUCUCAGUCACUUCCGCACCGAUGGAUGGAAAGGAUACCACGCCGAAGGAGGCAUUGUCAGAACAUUGUUUGCUUACUUGUUUUACGACAUUUUGUUUCUCUAUAUUCCAAACGUAUUCCAAACAGCGUACCAGACCUGCCCUCUUGACUUACACACAGAUGCAUUUAUGCCAGCGCGCGCAUCGGAAAUCAAUCACCGGCUGGUGGAAAUCUCCAACGGCCAGGCAGAGCGAAUCCUACGAGAGGUGUGGGAGCGGGAACAUGAACGGCGCACAGCGGCAAUUGGGCUGAACUGGGACUUUCAGGUGGAUGAUCUCACAGAGCUUGUGCGAUGCUUUGAUGGCAGCGCGCUGGCAGCCCUGUGCAAGGUGAUGGCGCAGGAGUAUAAGCAGCGCGGAGGAGGGAUCCCGGAUCUAAUUCUAUGGCGUAUGGGAAAAGUCUCCGCGGACGACACCCAGCAGCAGCAGGGCGAGGUCAUGUUUGUUGAAGUCAAAAGCGAAAACGACCGGCUAAGCGAGACACAGCGGCUGUGGAUUCACGUCUUAACCGGCGCGGGCAUCCAGGUAGCCCUGUGCAACGCCAUUGCCAGCCAAGUCCGCGAGGUAUAGGUGACGGCAGCUCGGGCUAUAUUGCAGCAGGCGUUCUAUCCAUGACGUCCCACACCCAGCUACCUGGUUGAUAGCCACUAGACUAGCCUGUAUCACGCAGCGGCAGCCGCCCCCAUUUAGUCAGUGGCUCUCCUAGUACGACCACCAAAAAAGGAACCCUUCGGCAGUCGAAGAUGGAGUCAGCCAGAAGCAGCAGCAGCAAUAGCCAUCGCCCUAAAGCGGGACAGGUUCAGCCACCGGAACCAAAAAGUAGAGCUCGAGACGACUGCCGUUCCCGGGACGAGUGGCCUGAUGAGGGUGGGACUAACUGGUCAGCGUCCCGUUUUACACGGCACCAUCUGAACGAGGCCUUUUUUUAUCCGUCGUUUUUCUCUUACAGAGAGCAGAGUAGGGCAGAUCAUUUGGCGCACAGCCUACACCAUUCCAAUCUCCUCCCGCCUCGGCCUUUUACCAGGUUCGACACAGAGCCAGGGAGGGGAGGGGAGCAGGGCAGGCGUGGUAGUGCGGCGCCGAGGAGAGGGCUGUGGACGCAGCUUCACCCUGCAGUAGCAGCGUUGCAAUGCUUCCGCUUGGGAAUUCCUCGGCAGAGAGCGCAACGCUAACAAGAGAGCUGUGGGUGUCCCAUGGGCAAAACGGUUCAAGCUUAACCAGAGCUUGCUGGGUUGUUUACUGCUGGAUGUUUCUCCACACCCCUCCCCCCGGUUCUUUAGCUCCCCAUCGCGGGCGCUUAACUGGUCAG